AUGGCGACCGACGACACAAGCCCGAGCCUCUCUGCAUCGACGACGCUCACAAACGGCGACUCGGCGCAACCUCUCCCCUCCCACCACUCACAGUCGCAUUCGCAUGCGAAGCAGAAACGAGCGCGCUCUCAACUCUCCUGCACGCCCUGCCGCCAGGGUAAGCUCAAAUGCAAUCGCCAACAAGACCCGGCGUGUGAUCAGUGCAUCAAGCGGAAUCGCGAGUCGGCGUGUCUCUUUGUGCCUCCGCCCGUAAAGCAUAAGCAGGCGCAGAAUGUCAAAGGUCGCAUUCGGCAAUUGGAGAGUUUGGUGGUGGACUUGAUGAAUCAGAAUCGCGGCGCGUUGCAGACACGGGUUGGAGAGACAAGCAGUGGUGUUAACGGCAGUGCGACGACAUCAGAACCAGCGAGAGCUCCGCUGCCCUACUCACAACCUACCCCGCCUUCGGACAGCGAUACUUCUCCGCAAUUCGGGACGGAAAGAAGUCGAGGGUCGGCGGAUAGUCCGGACGAUGUAGAUGCUGCUACUGGUCCGCUGGGGCAGAUGACGAUCAGUAAGAAUGAGAUCAGUUACGUGGGCGAGUCACAUUGGGGUGCGAUUCUGAACAGCAUCUCCGACUUGAAGCGCGACAUUGGCGGCGAAGAGGAGGACGAGGAGAGCGGGAAUGAGGAUGACGAUGCUCCGCCCACCGUCAACGUUUGGGGGCUGAGGAACGACACUUUGUCCGCUGCUGGCGCCGCUCUUCCUCGGGAUGCUACGCAAGUGGGAUUCAUGAUUGGCAAUCACACCACCAUGACCAAAGAUCAGCUUAUCGCCGCCAUGCCGGAGAAGAAGGUGGUCGAUCGCCUGUUGAGUCUAUGGUUCAACUCUCCGGAUCCCUUCAAGCCCAUCAUCCACGCACCUACCUUUCAAGAUGAAUACCGGCGGUUCUGGAAAUCUCCAAAGGAUACCCCUGUCAUGUGGAUUGCCCUGUUGUACGCGAUCAUGAGCCUGGCCGCUUCCUUUGGCCUACGCGACUUGGACCCAAGACAUCCGCAGGCGCAGACCAUCUUGAAGGAGGUAUCCCAAUACCAUACCUUCGCGGCCUCAGCCCUGGUACUUGGCGAUUUCACCAAACCCAAGCAGCACACGCUAGAGUGCAUGAUGCUCUACGCCGCCGGUCUGCGCAGCAAUGACGCGUUCGUCAACGUCUGGCUCCUCAUUGGCCUCGUUGCACGCCUAGCCAUGCGCAUGGGCUACCAUCGCGACGCAAGCUCCUACCCCUCCAUCUCCGUCUUUCAAGGCGAGAUGCGCCGGCGCAUCUGGACCAUCAUCUCCAUGAUCGACGUCAUGAUUUCUUUCCAAAUCGGCCUGCCGAGUAUCAUCAAAACCAUCCAUUCCGAUACCCAACCUCCGCGAAAUCUACUGGAUCGCGACUUCGGUCCCUCCACACAACAACUACCCCCCAGCCGCAGCAUGGACGAGCUCACGCCCUCGUCAUACACUCGUGCCAAGCUGCGCAUCGUGCGCGUCUUCGCCGACGCCGCCGAUCUCGGGCACUCCACCAUCCCACCCAGCACCGAAGAAGUGAUGCGCCUCGACCGCGAAUUGGAAGAAGCCAAAGCUGCAAAACCGCCACUGUUGCAAAUGCCAGACAUCAGCGAGCUGGUCACCGAUCCAGCGGAACAGCUGAUGUGCCGCUUCAACCUCGACUUGCUGUACCUGAAGACGAAAAUCCCGGGUGGCCAACUAGAGAGUGUGAAGUGGUACAUGGGCUCCAUCUCCACGCACGACUUCCUGCUCGCGGCAAUGGUGAUGUGUUUGGAGCUG